AACUGUGAUAGCAACUGUGAUAGCAACUGUGAUAGUGCCCCCUUUAACCCCUCCACCUACUAGGUAUCCAACUAACUCCAAAUCAAUCACUUUGAUAACUUCCCGCAAUCAUCUUUCUAUCUUGGUCACCUACCUAAGCACGUAAUGUGAUGCAGGUAUGGCUACACUACUUGCUCUGCUGGAAACAUCAUUGCCAUGGAGACUCCAGCAGAUACCCCAGCGAUUAUUGCUGUAGCUAGAACUUCAUGCCAGCGCUGUCAUAAACGCAAGAAGAAAUGUGAUAGGGUAUUGCCGCAGUGUGAUAACUGUCGAAAUGCCGAUGUGCCCUGUAGCUUUCUUGACGACGACCAGCAAAGUGGUACAUAUCCAAUUGCUUUCGUGCAAGGGCUAGAAGCCAAAGUACAAGAAUUAGAAAAGCAGCUUGCAUUGGCACUUGAAGCUGCGAGAAACCCUCCAGUCGUGUCAGAGCCGUCACUAGACACCAUUCAUCCAAAUCUCGAAGGCUCAACACAGCAGGGGUCUGUCGAUGACUCCCAUGUGGGCGGGCUCUCGCCCUACUCCGUCCGUGGACAACCACUCUCGCCCAAUGGACAGACCUCAGCCAUAUCCAUGGACCAGGAGUUGAGAAUCUUGUCUUUAGAGGCCGCAGCAGAACGGCAUCUUGGUUCUUCUUCCGGGUUAUCUUUCGCAAAGCUCACACAGACAAUUCUCAAACGUCUCACACCAGAUCGAGCCGAUUUCGUUUUUGGCAUCUCACAGGGCGACGAUAUCUUGGGACAGAUAGAUUGGGACUCCCCCCCAGACUUCUUCCAUCCGCCUCUUCUCAACUUCCCCAACAUCGCUGGCUUUGGGCCGACACUAUUUGGGGAUGUGUCCUUAUCGAGUAUUAUCGAACCCUCAGGUUCGCUAGCAGAUCUAUGUCUGCCUACUAAAGCGAGAGCCGACCAAUUGACGUCUUUCUAUUUUGCGCAUUCGCACACCUUGUAUCCCAUUCUCAAUCAAAGUGAUUUUAUGGCUUUGCUAGACCGCAUCUAUGAGCAAUCUUCGGAUCCAUCCACCCUGGACCCGAUGUCCUGGUUUCGAGUUUGGAUGGUUUUGGCCAUCGGCUCUUCGUCGCGCUGUUCCGUCUCCAUGGUCGAAGAAUCGGAGGCCUUGUUGUACUAUAACAAAGCGCUUGAAUUUUUUGAACUCGCGUUCGAUUAUGGCGAUAUGGUUGCGUUGGAAACCAUCAUGCUUCAGGUGUCCUUCUCUUUCUUUAAUCAGCUUGGGCCAAACACUUGGUUCUUAGUUGGCACGGCAGCUCGGAUGGCUAUCGGUCUCGGCCUUCAUAGUGCCUCUGCAUAUGAAAAUCUUCCUUUCAACAUCGCCAACAUGAGAAAGCGGAUUUUCUUCUCUAUUUACAUGAUGGAUCGUGUGAUAUCUAUAGCGCUUGGUCGCCCAUUCGCAUUACAGGACGAUGAUAUAGAAAUUGAGCCUUUUGUCGAUAUUGAUGACGAGCAGCUUGACAAUCUCGGGACUCAAAGCCGAGACAGGCUAGAAACAUCUAUGAUGGCCAUUCCGCGGCACAUUCUGGACCUUAGAAAAAUCGCCAGCAAAAUCAGCAGGCAGGUCUAUGGAAACCCAGCAGCCAUUCGGGAAAACACACCCCGCCGCGAUGAGAUUCUGCACUCUCUCCACAAAGAGCUGAUUGACUGGCGGCGUAACAUGCCGUUCCCGCUCCCCGACGUUCAUCCCCGAGUGCCUCACCUGAGCAGCAACUGGUACGACUUCAACUACUACACACAUCUAGCUAUGCUGUACAGGCCCUCGCCGCUGUUCCCCCUCCUAGACCAAGUCAUGGUCAAGAAGCUCGCCAACGCCGCCUCCAUGUCCAUCCGCCAGGCCUAUACCAUGCACCGCCAGAAACGGUUCGCCUACAAUUGGCUGAACUUACUCUCACUGUUCACGUCCACCAUCUCGUUGAUAUACGCCUCGACGGCCCAGCCCCAGGAGCUGGUCAGCUAUUUGCAGCGGACGCAGGUCAUCGAUGACCUGGAGCUCGUGCUGCAGCUGUUCGAUAAGCUGAACGGCAAGUUCUCGGGCGCGAAGAACAUUCAGUGCAUCAUUGAUCGCGUCCUAAGGAGGUACAAGGAGAUGUGCAAUAUGAUGAAUGCGAAGUAGGGUCUAAUAUACGGUAGCUAAGGUUGUCUGGAGUUGGGUCUUGUCAUGAAGGAUGUUAGGCGUUGGUUGGUCUCUACAUGGGAUAUAGGCGUUGAGUGAAGUUAUCUUGUAUUAGAAUUAUUUAUUGUUCUAUAUUGCCCACAGGCACUAUCUAAUUACAUAUUGGAACUCGGC